CCGAAGGAUCUGAUGCUGACAGCUUCUCCAGUACGAAAGUUCAUUGACAGUUGUUGAAUGUCACUUAAUUUCAUACAUUUGGACCAAUUCACAUUUAUAGCUUAGCUGGAGAUGGGGACUGCAGAGGAGGACAUGGAUAAGCCAGGUGUGGAGCACAUCUACUGCUGCGGAGCUGUCACGGAGGUGCUGAAGUUUGGAGCCCAAGACCUGCGUCGCGUUGGUGCCAGAUUGCUCUUCCUGGUCAUUCCAGGGAACCCAGGGGUGGUGGGCUUCUACCAGACCUUCAUGCAGACUCUUUACCAGGCAUUUGGUCGGCGUUACCCAGUUUGGGCUGUCAGCCAUGCAGGACACUGCAAUCCCCCCGAUGCCUUAGACAUGGUGGAAGAGCCGUCCGUGACCGAGGCCAGGGAUGUGUUUGGUUUGAAUGGGCAGAUUGAGCACAAGCUGUCGUUCCUGCGGGAGCACGUGUCCAGAGAAACACGGCUGGUGCUGAUCGGACACUCCAUCGGUUGCUACAUCAUCCUGGACAUGAUGAAGAGGGACCCUGGCCUGAAGGUGCUGAAGUCAGUGUUGCUUUUCCCCACCAUUGAACGCAUGGCAGUGACCCCUCAGGGUAAGGUCAUGACCCCGGUGCUGUGCCACCUACGCUAUGUGGCGUACGUUCCUAUCUUCCUGCUGUCGCUACUGCCUGAGAGGCUGAAGGCCAGUGCCGUGCGCUGGGUACUGGGCGGCCUGCGCGCCCUCGACCACGCCACCAUACCAGCCACCGUCAGUCUCAUCAGUGUGGACUGUGCAGCUAACGCCAUGUAUAUGGGCAGCCAGGAGAUGAGGAUGGUCCUGGAGAGGGAAAACGCAACUAUCCGGCAAAACCUGAACAAGCUUAUAUUCUACUACGGAGCGACUGACCACUGGUGCCCGGUGCAGUAUUACCACGAUAUAAAAAGAGACUUUCCCACUGGAGACAUCCGCCUGUGUGAGAACGGACUUCGUCACGCAUUUGUUCUGGAUGCGGGGAAACAAAUGGCAGACAUGGUCACUGACUGGCUCCAUACUGACCUCAAUGACCUAUAGCGUUGCUGUGGCCAUUAUAGGACAUUCUAUUCAACAAUGCUUUUAGAUAGAUCUUUUUUGUGCUAUCACUGAAUAUUACAAAGCUCUUGUUACAUUGUAAUUAUACCAUCAAAUACAGUAUAACAUGCCAGCAACACUUUGAUACUGGACUUGCAAAACAUAACCCUGCUCUAACUGUAACCCUAGUUUGGUGUUAGUAGCUCGAAGCCUAAUCUUAGUUCUAUGCUAUUGCUAUUAUAAAGUACCAGUGUGUGCGAUAUGUUACACACUGAAAUAGUACCGUUACAUUGUGACAGUGGCUGUGUAAUAUGAAGCUGUGUAGUCAAUUUAUACUGUAUUUUGUUUACUAUUAACAGGACCGUUUACCAUGCACAUGUAGCCUUUUGUCACAGCUCCAUUUUAUCUCCAUGGAAAUGACUUGUGUGAGAAGAUGGAGAGAUGGAGCUGGUCAACACAUGCUGCAUGCUCACUCUUCACUGUGUCUCCCACAUUACUGUAAGGAGCACCCGCUGGAUCUUUUAAGGGCUUAAACUUUCCAGCCAUCAGCCAACGCAGCACACAGUGUUAGGUUAACAGCUUAAGUUCAUGGCUAAGAAUUACAGCCUUCGUGAAUCAUAAAUUAUGAGCAUCAAAGUUCUCAGUCAUUAAUUUGAACUCCUUUUGACAAGUUUAAACGUAGGCAAAUGGCCAUUUGUGUAGUCAUUUGGUUGAUUUUUCCUCCCUCUCUCUUUUUUUUUUAGUUUGUUUUUUCCAAUACUUGCAUUUGUCCAGAAAAGACCAUGAAAACCCAUGGACAUUUGAUCAUCAUAUGAAAGGCGCACUGUGUGGUUUAGAGCACAGCUUGACACAAGUCAUUUCCUCAGGGUUAAAAUGGUGGUCACCGUUUACAACCUGUGGCCUUCAUGUGAACCCCUACCCUCAAGUCUGUUGGUUAAAAAUACAUUUCCAGCCUUUUUUAUGGUCAAAUAAAAUGAGAAAGGGGCUCAUAUUAAGCUAGUGGUGUGUGUGUGUCUUGGAAGUGAUGUAAGAUUUUUUUUGUGACACUGUAGCUGCCAAAUUUACUUAAACCCCUAACAUUUUUGUGCUCCAAAAGAUCAUGAAUAAUGAGCACUUGUAUGUAUAUGUUGUACUUCCGCCGUGGUUAAAACACUGUACAAAAUAUUUAAGAUGUCAUAUAUGAUUAUUAAAGAUUUUAAAUCACACUGUU